UUGUCCAAACAGGGCUCCGUACUUACGUCAGCAUUCUGGAGAAAACAUGGCGGCCGCCCUGGCAAGGAAGGUGUCUGGGCUGCUGAGGCCGCUGUCUGUCUCUCUGUGUGCCAAGACACCACAGCUCUGUAAGCUCUCCAGCCUCAUCCAGCCUCCACCUCUCUACAGCUCUGUUGCAGCCGCUGUCCACGCUCCUUUGCGGGCUGCAGUGUGUCCGACACCCCGGUACAACAUCCUACAACGGGUAUCGGCACUUAUUCCCAGUCUGAAUCAACAACCAAGCAGAAGUCUGACAUAUGUCAGUCUGAAGAAGGGGAAGAGGAAGACUGUAAAAGCUGUGACAGACAGAUUCAUGAGGCUGCAUUGUGACCUUUGGAUCAGGCGCAAGGCUGGAUACAAAAAGAAACUGUGGAAGAAGAAACCUGCCAGACGAAAGCGCCUGAGGGAGCAUGUAUUCUGUAAUAAAACACAGAGCAAGCUUCUGGAUAAAAUGACAACCUCUUUUUGGAAAAGGAGGAACUGGUAUGUUAACGAUCCGUACUUGAAGUACCACGAUCGGGUCAACCUUAAACUGUAAUUUGCUGAUUCGUGUAGUGACAUCUUGUUUUUGAACAUAAUGUUAUGUUAUAUAUGUAAUAAAAUCAUAUUACACCAUU